AUGUCCACUUCGCCCACAGGCCAGAAGUCUCGAAGCCAGAGUCCCAGGACGAACCCUACUGGGGAAGCGGUCGCUAUCAGGGAUGAUGAAGAGCAAGACGAUGACAAUGACUUCGCCCUUGAUAGCGAUGACGCCGCGAGCUCAACUACGUCUAUCACAUCGAGUAUUCUUCACUAUCGGACCAUUCAGGGUCGCAGUUUUCACAGUGAAAAGUACAACACGGAGUACUUUGCACCAAACGAUGAUCAGCAGAGUGAAUCCAUGGACAUCACACACCACUAUCUCACCCUUCUCCUUGACAAUAAGCUGUUCCUAGCGCCGCUGAAGAAAGAUGUUGAUUUUGCUGACCAGUUUCCCGGCGCCGAGAUCAUCGGCACUGACUUGUCACCUAUCCAGCCAACCUGGGUUCCUCCAAACAUCAAGUUCGAGCUCGAAGACGCAACCGGAACCUGGAGUUGGCCGGAAAAUACCUUUGACUUUGUCCAUCUGCGCUAUCUUUUUGGCGCCAUCGCCGACUGGAAUGCGCUGUUCGCCGAAGCCUACCGCACUUGUAAGCCAGGUGGCUGGGUGCAGUCCUGCGAGAUCGAUCCUCCAUUUUAUAGCGACGAUGGGACGGUUGAUGAUAAUACUGCCAUGCAGGCGUGGAACAAGGUAGUGAGGGAAGGAGGUAUCAAAUUCGGUCGUACAUCUUGUGUCGUGGAUGAGGGCCUACAGGUACCGGGUCUCGAAGCAGCGGGUUUUGUCGAUAUUCAGCAGCAAAAUUUCAAGGUUCCAGUUGGUAGCUGGGCCAAAGACUCCAAACUCCAACAAGUUGGCCAGUUUCUCCGAUCGACCAUGGAGAAUGAUAUAGAAGGGUACACGAUGAUCUUAUGGCAUCAGGUUAUGGGCUGGCCCAAGGACGAAUACCAGGUUUUCCUCAUGGGUAUGCGCAAGGCCCUGAGAGAUAAGAGAAUUCACUCAUACAUGAACUUGCGCUAUGUCUGGGCUAGGAAACCAGAGGAGACGACCGAAGCCUGA